GUCUGUCAGACUUCUACUAAGUAAACAUGAUUAAUGUUGUCUCAAAGAUAAGCAGCCUAGGCACUUGUUAUGUGUCAGGAUAUGUUUAACAGAUAAAGACCUGUAUUUCAGAGUUCCAUAUUCAGUUUUUUAGAAGGUAGAAGAAGAGCAAGAUCAAUAAUAUUAGACACUGGCAAACAGUCAUUAACAUUUGAUGGUUACACCAUGGAUUCCAGCUAUGCAAUGGCCAAAUUUGGACUAGAAUCCAAAGACAAGCUCACGUCUAACCAGAAGAGCUGCUGGUAUUAUUUGAAAUACUUUUUUCUUUUCGCAUCUCUAAUUCAAUUUCUUAUUAUCCUCGGGCUGGUGCUUUUCAUGAUCUAUGGCACUACUAAUGAGGGCAUAGAGGCAAGGUUAGAGUCUUUGGAAUCUCUCUACCAGAAACAGAUCUUUGAACACAGGGUUCUGCUGAACAGAUAUGGCCAACUUAAUAUGAAGUUCAACACUACAACAAAGGAGAGGGACUUUGGCAUUGUUGAGCUGCAAAACACAAAAGCCAAGAUGGAAAAUUUAACAGCGUUGAAUACAUUGUUAAACAGACUGAUAAGAGAAAAGGACAAAGAAUAUGAAAUUAAAAUAUCCAUAAUAAUCAAAAAAUUCCAAGGUGACCUAAAAACCAAUGAGGAUGACAAGAAACAACUUGAAAUGUCUUUAGUGGCUUGUAGAGCAGGCUGCAACAGAAAUCACCCUGAUUGUCCACCCAUCCAAGAGAAAUGCAUCACCCUCCCAAACAGGAGACUUUGCUCAGCCUAUGAAAUUGAGAAGUUUAUAAGCACGUGCAUAUCCAUUGAUGAAAAGUUCAAUGUCGAGGUUCAGCGCCUCCAGCGCAACUUUGAUUUGGCCAUUGCAAGGAAUGUGCCUAGCACAAUAGUGACCAACUAUGAAUCUAGAAUUCAACUUGAUAAUAUCCUGCAGAGCUGUAAACCUUUGCCUACUGAAGUUGCAAACUAUAUAAAUGCAUCUCUAGCUAAUAUAAAGCAUAACAUCAUUACUAAUAUUGAGCUUAUGAGUGGCAAAGCAGAGACAGAAGCAUCCUUGAAAAGAUGUUUGGAAGAUUUCAGAAAUGUGAUGGGUCUGCAAACCACAUGCACCAAAGAGAAAGAUGAACUUAGAAAAGAUAUGGAAAUGUUGAGACUGACAGCAGAUAGCGAUCUUAACAGGAGCAAUAAACAAUUGCUGGCAAAGAUGGAAGAAUUGGAUAAAUGCAUGAAGCAGCUAGAACAACAGCCAAGAACAUACAGUCAAAUUGGUUAACUCAGCAACACCAAAUUGCGAAGAGAAGAGCAGAGACUGUGGACAAUGAAGAUCGCACUUCCUCGUUUCUACUCCUGUAUUUCAUAUUUGAUGAUGUGCCUAUGUUUUUCUGUUGUACAUACACACCUAUAGACAAGUAAAGGGUCCUUAUCCAAAAAUCUCAAGACAACAAUAUAUUGUUAUUGAGUUAAGACCUUUACAGUGUUGCUUCCCCAACAGUUUGACAACAAAGGGCUGAUACUAGCUCUGCAUUUCCUUAAGCAGCUUAAACUUAUUUCUAAGAAUAUAUUAAUAAGUGAGCUCUGCACAAAGCAAAAAAUGAAUCAAAAGUCUUUUUAAACCAAAUAUUAGCACUAUAUUUAUAAAAAAAAAAGUCCAUUAUUCAACAGCAGCAAACAUUUAGGAUUUAGCAUACUAAAUAGUCCUAGUUCAAUAGUGCAUAAUGUAACUGAUUCCUGUAACUUCCUUGUAAAAAAACUGCAGUUCUAUGAACUUCUGUUUAACUUUUGUUGAUUCCAUUAUACCUUUUGAGACACUCGAAUAGAGUCUUUCAUGGGGAUGACGCCUGUUCAUUGAUGACAUAUGGACAGUCAGAGGAAAUUAGUGAACCCAGCAGAUUAAAAUCCAUGACAAAUCAGAGCUAACACACACCUUUGGUGAAAACUGCAACUAAAUCACAUUCAGUAUCCAUGAUGAAAGAGAACAUUUGACCAGUUUACCUGUACAGCUAUAUCCCCUGUAAACUGGUCUUGAACUAUACAUACAAAUAUUAAUUAAAAUCUAUAAUACAUAAAUACAUAAUUUUAUAUUAUGAUCUUUAAAAAGAUCAACGUUGAUGUAAUAAACACUUUAUCUUUUUGAAGAAAUUCCUGGUGUGCUUCAGCUUUUUCUGCCUUUGGAUAUUUGAUUUCUGAAUUGCA